AGUCACAGCCUCCACUCUUCAGAGUUCUGCCCUCCUCUUCUCUCACCGCUCCACACGCCGCCUCCACACGCCGGCCUCCCUACGCCGUCCUCCGAGGGAGUCUAUUGAAGAAGGUUCUGGAAUCGAUCAAGGACCUCGUCAAUGACGCCAACUUCGACUGCUCCGCCACCGGGUUCUCGCUCCAGGCCAUGGAUUCCAGCCACCUGGCACUCGUGGCUCUUCUUCUCAGAUCUGAGGGCUUCGAGCACUACCGCUGUGACCGUAACGUGUCCAUGGGGAUGAACCUCAACAACAUGGCCAAGAUGCUCAAGUGCGCGGGAAAUGAUGAUAUUGUUACCAUUAAGGCCGAUGAUGGUGGUGAUACUGUCACUUUCAUGUUCGAAAGCCCUAACAUGUCAUCGACUGCGUUCAUUGAACCACUCCCUGUCAUUGAUUUUGUUGCUCAGAUUUUAGAUAAAGAUGUGUAUUCAAGGCCAUUAUCAGAUGCUGAUCGUGUUAAGGUUAAGAAAGCCCUUAGAGGUGUCAAAGUAGAAGUUACACAUAGAGGAAAUGUUCGAAGGAAAUACCGCAUUUCAGGCUUGACAUCACAGCCUACAAGGGAGCUAAUUUUCCCAGUAGAUGAGCAAAAGAACAUGAAAUCAUCUAAAUGGAGGAAGUAUAAACAGGAAACUAGAAUGCAACGGGGAAACUAAAAAUGGAGACUGCAACCAAUUUGCAUUUUGAAUCACAAAUCUGUGGAAAUGUUUUUAAAAAAAAAUUGAAGUUUUGUUGUAUAAUCAGAUUCAUAGAAUUGAAGUCCAUAGAAUUCAGAUUUGAUUUAUAAACAAACCUACACAAAAAUUGCAGAUCGGUAACCCGAAAAAAAAAAAAAA